UUCACAUACACAAACAUUAAUUUGCACUCAGUUUAGAGCAACAAUGAUAGGAAGUACUACCGGUGCCAUGGAAGUACUCGUACAACAGAUAAGUGAAGGGCAGUAUAAUAAGAUCAAAACAAUAGUGAAAAAAGUAUACAUAAAUGAAGAUCCAGCAAAGGAAGAAAUAGUACCAUGCCCGAAUUGUUCGCAACGAAAUCUCCAUCGCAUGGUCCGAUAUCUUUACCUUAAUUUGAAUGAGGCUAUAUUCAAAUGCGAAGCUUCUGAUUGCAUGUAUCCGUUUAGAAAUUUCAAAUAUAAAAACUACGACGACAACACCGUGUACCAGUAUCAGCAGCAGCCGACCCAAACAGCAUCAAAUCAAUCGCUUGGAAGCCUACAUCCUAAUAAUUUCUUUAAAGAAUGCAACACGUAUGAACCUUUGGACGAGCAUAUCGCAUCGGUUGACUUUGAUUUGGAUUUUCUUUCAUGUGUUAGUGAACCCCAGAAACAUUCCGCAUUGCCAGAUAUUUCAACAAACCACAUACAGGAGCUCCAGCACUGUGGAAGCUUUACGGGAUCGUUUGAUACGCGGUUCAUUGACGAUAUUCUACAGGAGCUUUUACCACCUUCAUCUGAUCAUUUGACUAAUUCAUUACAGCCGACAACAGAAUCUACGUUGCCACCGGAAGUUCCUCGUUCCACAGAGGUAAACAUGUUUGAAAGCGUUCAAGUAACACAAACACAUUCUACAGGCCGAAAGCUGGAAAAAUGUUUGAAAGAAUUUAAAAAACCACUCACAAAUGAUCCCGUAUCCAAAACACCUUCACACCCAAAAACCGAUGCACAACCAUACAAGGUGGAAAAUCUCUCUCCAACGAGACUAAGGAUAAAGAAAAUGGCUUCGCAUAAGGGCAAAGAUCAGCCCAAAGCGGCGCGCUACAGUGAACUAAACGUAAUCCACCAUGGCCAGGCAAAUUGCAUGAAGAAACUGCAAACUUCCGUAAAAGGCAAAUCAAUUAAACCAUUAGAAUUUCUGCAUCAUCUUAACACCCAACCGAAGCCAAAGAGGAACUCCAAUCCAGCAAAUGUGCAGAAGAUGUUGAGUUUUAUAAAGCGUAGUAUGAAAAAUCGUCAGCAAAUAGAUAGCACCUGUUCGAAAGUAAAAGAAUGUAAUGUUAACAUAGAUGCAUCAACCUCCAACAUACAAUCAUCAGGACGCAUAACUAGUGAUGAAAUUAUUAUUAUUAGACCAACAAUCAUUGAAGCCAAGCCAAGUCAUACCGCGUCAUCAAGUGGAAUGGACCUAUUGUUUUAAUUGAGAGAAUAAUGUAAUUUAAGCUUGCCUGAUGAUAAUAAAACGAAGAACGGGGAUGUAUUUAUU